AUGAGCACCCAGAUCCAACAGCGUUCUCCUGAGAUGGAGGCAGCGGUCAGCCGCCUGAUCAAACUGCACCUAGAGGUCUCAUCCACCUACCUCUCCCUGAGCGUUUACUUCGAAGGCAGCGAAACGGCUCUGAAUGGUGUGGGCCGCUUCUUCAGAGCGUUGGCUAAGGAGAAGCAGGAGGGCGCCCACCUUCUCUGGAAGAUGCCCAAGUCCUCGGGUGGUGGCACCCUGGUCCAGAGUGGACAGAUGCUGUCCCCAGAGAAGUGGAAUACCGGCGUGGAUGCCAUGGAGGAUGCCAUGGCCCUGGAGAAGAGCCUGAACCAGGCGCUAUUGGAUCUGCAUGCCCUGGCUUGUGCGAGCGGUGAUGCCCAGCUCUGCGAGUUCCUGGAGCGCCGCUUCCUGAAGGAGGAGAUGAUGCUCCUCAAGAAGAUGGGUGACCACCUGGCCAACCUGCGCAAGAUGACCAGCCCUGAGGCUGGGCUACAGGCCGGGCUUGGCGAGUAUCUCUUCAAAAAGCUCUCCUUCCAGGGCGACUAG